GGUUAGGGAUGGCUGUUGUUGCGACCGCUGACGACCCGGGCCGGAGGGCGGGUGAAUGAGGGUGGGCCCAGGGCUGCCUCUAAGCAGAGCUGUCUGGCCUUCUGCCCUUCAUCCUUGGUUAAGGAAAUGACCAACCAGUACAGUAUUCUCUUCAAACAAGAGCAAGCCCAUGACGAUGCCAUUUGGUCAGUUGCCUGGGGGUCAAACAAGAAAGAAAACUCUGAGACGGUGGUCACAGGAUCCCUGGAUGACCUGGUGAAGGUCUGGAAAUGGCAUGAUGAAAGGCUGGACCUGCAGUGGAGUCUGGAGGGACAUCAGCUGGGGGUGGUGUCUGUGGACAUCAGCCACACCCUGCCCAUCGCUGCGUCCAGUUCUCUUGAUGCUCAUAUUCGUCUCUGGGACUUGGAAAAUGGAAAACAGAUAAAGUCUAUAGAUGCAGGACCUGUGGAUGCGUGGACUUUGGCCUUUUCUCCGGAUUCCCAGUAUCUGGCCACAGGAACUCAUGUGGGAAAAGUGAACAUUUUUGGUGUGGAAAGUGGGAAAAAGGAAUAUUCUUUGGACACGAGAGGAAAAUUCAUUCUUAGUAUUGCAUAUAGUCCUGAUGGGAAAUAUCUGGCCAGUGGAGCCAUAGAUGGAAUCAUCAAUAUUUUUGAUAUUGCAACUGGAAAACUUCUGCAUACGCUGGAAGGCCAUGCUAUGCCCAUUCGCUCCUUGACCUUUUCCCCGGACUCCCAGCUCCUCGUCACUGCUUCAGAUGAUGGCUACAUCAAGAUCUAUGAUGUACAACACGCCAACUUGGCUGGCACGCUGAGUGGCCAUGCCUCCUGGGUGCUGAAUGUUGCGUUUUGUCCUGAUGACACUCACUUUGUUUCCAGUUCAUCUGACAAAAGUGUAAAAGUUUGGGAUGUUGGAACAAGGACUUGUGUUCACACCUUCUUUGAUCACCAGGAUCAGGUGUCACUUCUUGCCACUCUCAAGUUCAACUCCCCAGGCUUCUGCUUCUAACUUGCUGGACCAGGUAUGGAAAACUACAAGAAAAGGAGGACCCAAGGCAGGCUCUUCUGGAGGCAGAUGCUCACAACAGCCUAAAAGGGCUCUGGCGUGGAAGGCAUUUCAACAGUGGAAGGGAGAAGAGGAAAUGAAGAAACAAGAAAUAAGCCAAAACAAGAAAAGGAGAGGGUGAAAGAAAGAAAGUAAGGACACUAAAAAGGAUGACUGAGAACAAAAAGUAGGGGGAAAAACACCCCAAAGUCUCCAGCAGGUGGUUUGCUGGUUACUCUGCCCUUCCUUAUAACUAAGCAAGGAAACAGGUUUCUCAGGCUUUGCCUCUUCCUUCUCCCAGGGCUCCUUCCCCACUCCCUGGGGCUGGGACAGCGGAGGAGCGUGGGGCUCUGAUCCCACUGUGGGACCCGCUCCAAGACCUUGAAUCAUCCACCCUGGCUAAGAAUGAGCUUUCCCAAAGAAAUGACAUACAGAUGCUGCCCAGCCCCGCUCUCACAAGUGCUGGAAUCCGGGCUGUGACAAUGUUAGGGACAUGAUACUAGGGUGUUGAGCACAUACCUACUCACAACCAGUGCCCUAGGACUUUAUGUAAACUGAUCCUCAAACUUUCGUCCUCAAGUGGGGGAAGGAAAUGGGUACCUUGGGAGUUCUAUGGAAUGGAGCCUAAAGGAAGGUGUUUUAAAUUUUCAUGCAAAUUUUCUUCAUACUGCAGUGCUUUCCCCAAUCCUUGACUAACUACGUACACACACACACACACACACACGCGCGCGCGCGCGACAACUGAAAAAUCAAGUGGGGUAAAAUGUUAACAAUAUGCAAAUCAUAUAUGGGUGGGCCUUGUACUGUUUUUAUUUUUGCAACUUUUUGUAAGUUUGAAAUUGUUUCCAAAUGUAAAGUUUUUUUAAAAACCCCACAAACUCUGAUCAAGGCUUGGGUAUAUAAUUCUAUUUUAUAUUAUUCCCAGAAAAGAGGAACCAGCAAGAAUCAAAGAAGGAAAGUGACAGAGAAAGAGAACAAGUCUAGAAAGACGAAAGCAGGCAAAGAGGGGAAGAGAGAGAAAUGGGCCCAGAGGCAAAGUCUAGGAAACAGGCAGGAGCUACCCCACUGGACCGCAGUCUUAUCAGCAGCUACCACAGUCCUGGGACAGUAUCAGCUGGUUACCUCCCACCCCAGCCCUGAACCUGCCCCUCUAGUCUCAAACCUCCAAUGCCAUAAGAAAAACAACUCCUGGACCCCAAGGCCAGUGAGGGGACUAGAGCAGUCCUGCUCCUGGCUGGUGCUGGGGCCAGGGUGCAUGGGUAGCUCAGCUGGCAGCACACUGUUCAGACGUUCUCUUUAGGCACAACUGACCUCCUAUGCUAUUCAGAAGUGGCUUUCAGUCAAGGUCCCUUGCCUGGCCUCUCUCCCUCCUGCCUUAAUCCAUUCAGGGAGGUGCUCUGGUGCCCACACAGACGUCGACUGCAGUGAGCACCA